UUGGAGCUCCAGAUAAGUCCAGUAGUCGCACCGGAUACAAAUUUCCUCAGAAGAGAGAUACAAUGAUGUGGUUCCAUAUGACUCCUGUUGUUGCAACACCAUUUCGAUGUGUUAUUCAUUAAUAUCGAUCGCGCUAUUAUCGCUUCUGAGCUCAUGGUCACUCGCAGCCACAAGUUACACUGCAAACAUAGAGUUCAGCCUAGCAAAGUUCUCGAAAGGGAUUAUUGUUACUAAUUCACGAUCAAUGCGUCAAAACAGAACCAAUUCCGAUUGCAAUUGCUCAAUUGACGGCAGCAGGAACAUAAUUGGGAAUCGGACCCAUAUCUGGAAUCUGUUGCAAUGACAGGCAUCAUGUUCAUGCCCACUCUUCCUGCAUGUCUGUCGUCUCGAUAGAGUUGGAACACCCACCUGGCUGCUUUGAUAAAUCAGACAG